CUGACGGUGAAUUUGCCAUUUACAAAUCUCCUCCUUGAACUAAAAUAAUGUUAGAUUAUACUAUAAAUUUGGUUGACUAAACAUCUGCCAUUUCGCUCUUUUAUGUUCACGAGGGAAGGUUCGCAAUCAGUUGAAGGUAAAAUUGACGAGUCGCCUUACAGAAUUCUAAAGUAAUACUGUACAUCGAACGAACCUUCAGAUGAGGAAUUAGUAGCACCUGCCGUGGACACGGUAUAAAUUAAUAUUAAAUUUACCUACUAAGUCUUGUGUUUAUGGAUGUGUUACACGAUACUACCUGUAAGCCAUGAAGCAGCUCUCGGCAACCAAGACAAACCAGUUCUUAUUAACUUUUCUAUUUCUUGUGACGACUGUCCCCCAAAUUGUUACGGCUUCAUCGUGUCCACUGUUUUGCUCCUGUGAACACAAUAUUUCUGAAUCUAACGAAGUUACCUCUGUUGAUUGCCAACAACAUUCACUGCGCUUUAUUCCGGUAGAAUUUCCAAAGGACACUAGUAAUAUAUUGUUGAAGAGAAACUUGAUAAGCACUAUAGUUUAUGGACAAUUCUCCGAUUUGGAGAAUCUUAUUUUAAUUGAUAUUUCAUAUAAUAAAAUUAUAUCAAUUAAUGAGGGAGCAUUUGUGGGUUUAAGUCGCCUCGAAACUAUCGAUCUGAGUGAAAACAAGUUGCAUGUUCUUCCUUAUGGAAUGGUUAAAAACUGUACGAACAUUCGAACUAUCAAUAUUAACAGAAACCGGAUACGUACGUUUUCUAACAUGUUGUCAAACAGUACUCAUUUGGAAAGACUGUAUCUACGUCAAAAUGAAUUAUCGAUACUGACUGAUGACGCGUUUGCUAAAUUGUAUCACUUAAAGCUUCUUGAUUUGAGACAAAAUAAAUUAACUGAAUUUUCUUUUCAAGGAGUUCGGUUCCCCGACUCAAUUGAAGAGCUUCAACUAGGCUCCAAUUUAUUGUCUACCGCAGCCAAUUUGAGGCUACAAAAUGCUAAAAAUUUGAUAGUUCUUGGACUUGAAAUUAAUUUCAUACAGGAUGCAAAUGAAAUUGCAUUUGAACAUAUGACGCGUUUACAAUUCGUUAAUUUUAGCAGUAAUCUCUUAACGCGCGUUACACAUACAGUUCUUUCAUGCCGAUCAAUAAAAAUUCUGGACUUCAGUGAUAAUCGAAUUUCGACAUUGCAGAAUACAUCUUUCGCGAAUGUUGGUGAUCUACGUGUAGUUUAUCUUGGUGGCAACGAAUUUAUAAACUUGCCCAAUUGCAUUUUCCAUAACAACACCAAACUUACUGACGUCCACCUGGAAAGAAACCAACUAAAGGCGGUCUUCAGAAAUAGUUUUUGCCAGACAGACAAUCUCAGUAAACUUUACUUACAAGAUAACAACAUAUCACUAGUCGAAAUACAUGACUUUCCCAAUCUUAAAAUUCUGAAUUUAACCAAUAACGAAAUAUCCGAACGAGAAUUGUAUAACAUAUUUAACUUGCCAAAUGUUACGACGCUUUUGUUAAGUUGUAAUAAUAUUACAGUCCUUACUGAGAAUAGUGUACGAAAUCUAAGAGCAUUAAAAGAAUUGAAUAUAUCAUAUAACAGAUUAAUUUCUAUUGAAAACAGUGCGUUUAUUAAUGUCGCAGGAACAUUAAAAUUACUGGAUCUCAGCCAAAAUGAAAUCAAAAUUCUCAUGUCAGAAAGUUUCAAAGAAUUGAGCAGUCUAGAACGACUCAACCUGGCACACAACCGAAUAGACUACCUUCCAAAAUUUAUAUUCAUUGGGCUUCAAAAACUCGCAGUAUUGAAUAUUUCAUACAACUUUAUUGAUAAUGUUGAAGGGGUAACCUUUGAAGAUUUGACUAGAGUGGUGGAAUUAGACUUUCGUGGAAAUUCCAUUAAAGGUUUACCUGCGAGCAUAUUUUCUACAAUGAAGAGUCUCUUGAAACUUGACCUGAGUGAAAACUUUAUUGAAGAGGUUUCACAAGAUAUGUUUGAAGGGCUAGAAAAUUUAAGGAGUCUAAACCUUGCAGACAACAACAUUCACUCACUAAGUGGUCAGCCCUUUGUCAAUUUGAACAAUCUUUUAGAACUGAGCAUUCGUAAUAACAAACUUUAUCGUAUAGAAAGUGAUAGCUUUCAAGGUUUGUCAUCACUCAUUACGUUGGAUCUUAGUGAAAACGAUAUACGUACGCUAGAGCUAAAUGCAUUCCAACACCUUGUAGAUGUAAAAAGCAUUUUUCUUUCCAAUAAUAUGAUAAUACAUUUUGAGGAAAUCUUAAUUAACUGUCUUAUUAGCCUUGAAGAGCUUUGGCUGGACCAUAACAUGAUUGAAAACACAACAAGUCACGUGCAAUGUGCGUGGGAAAACACUCGGAUCAUUGAUUUGUCAUUUAAUAAAAUACAAUCUAUACCAUCUAAAACGCUAGCCAUUUUUCCUAGAUUGGAUUAUCUAGAUCUAAAGUCUAAUCUCAUGGAAGCAGUUCCAGAAAUCAAAUUGGGGAAUCAUCUAAGGACGCUAAAUGCAUCAAAUAACAGUAUGACGUUCCUUGGCGAUUACUGCUUUGAAAACAUGACAGAUUUAGUCGAAUUGGAUUUAUCUGAAAUGUGCUUACUAGAAAUAGGUAUAAAUUCAUUUGGAGGUAUGAAGCGUUUGGAGUUUUUAAAUUUAGAGAAUAAUUGUUUAACGACUUUAAACCGUGAGAUAUUUCAAGAAUUGCUCAACAUCCGCAACAUACGGUUGCGCAAAAAUCCAUGGAGUUGUGACUGUUUCCUGAAAGACUUUCUCAAAAUGUUUUCUGGAAAAGAUAAAUUGCCAAUGUUAGAAAAACCACUGAUGAUCUGCCAUUCACCUAGUAAAGUUUACCUACAAGAUGCAUUAGAUGUUCCAGAAAAUAAAAUGAUUUGUGAGCCCCCAAUUGUGGAGUUUGUUUCUGAUGUAACAGCGGCAGGGUCAGGCUAUCCACUGACACUUAUAUGCAUGGCUAAUGGAACACCAGAACCGAAUAUAACGUGGCAGGGUACAUUAAGUGAAAUAAGUAAAAACGUCCAAACCAAGAGGAUUAAAACUAAAGAAGGUGUUAUUCUGAUAUCAGAAAUAGCGCAAGCCCAGAGUGGAGAUUACAGUUGUACUGCGACUAAUGCGCUAGGAGAAAAUAUCAAAACAAUAGAAUUACAGGUUACUAGUCAGGCUCUUGAUAACUCGGAAUAUGUUUUACUAGUGGCUGUUACAGCAAUAAUAACAGUUAUUGUAACUUCAGCAAUUAUUACGUGUUGCUAUCUAUAUCUUAAACACGGGGGAAAACUCUCCAGAUCCAGAAAGUACUACUUCAACGGGAAUAAACAUGAGUUUAGCUGUUACGAAAAUAAGGGAAGGGAUGUACAAGAGGAUUACGUUACAAUAGGAAAACAUUAUCAAAAAUCAGUGUUAACUCACGACGUAAAUAUGGACGGCAAAUGGAAGGACGUUCACAAACGGUACCUAUCGCGGGAAGAUAUGAUUGAAUUUGGACAGUACAUGGCAGAAAGAACCAUGGGGUAUGGAGUUAUCAGACGCGCUAAUAGUGACCAUUUGUAUCUGAAUGGUCAGGAAUCAUCAGCCUGGAACGUUUCUGUGCUAAAUGCUUCAGUUUCAGAAUCGAACAUAGAUGAUGAUCGUGGGUGUUAUGAACUACAGCCACAAGUGGCUGGCGACUAUUCUGGACCAACUACCCCGAUCCCUUUAACCCCUCUUGAGGCAGCAUUUAAAUAUGGUUAUGGAAGCUCGUUGUAUCAAGACAAUGAUGAAAAAUUUGCAACGGAGUUAACCGAUGAGGAAAUUGAAUUGUCUAUGUUGGAUGACUUUGAAAAAACAUUUAAUGAGAGAAUUCAGCAAUUUGACGAUUUAGGCGCACAAUCAAAACCUGAAGAGGAUUCAGAUAUAAUUAGUGACAAUGAAAACAAUUCAAAUUCAAUCACAAUAGAACCAUGUAAAUCACCCAUGCAUUUAUCAAUCAACCAAUCGGAAGAAUCAGAAACACAGGAAGCAGAGGAGAAAGAGAAAGCAGCGUCUUGUAGAGUCUUGCAAAUUCCCAGAACCAGCUCUUCAGUGGCUGGCAGAAACCUAGAUCUAUCAAACACGACAAACUCUGAAGUAGAUUUAACAGUUUGUAGCCCAUUAUCAAAGAAAUCGAUCUCUUACCUAGUAUGUGAUGGAAAACAAUGUCAAUCCGACAAUACUAUAUUUAUAUCAAAUAAACAGACGUCUGACAAUACGAAGGCGGUUUCAAAGAAAACGAUAGGACAUUCAAACGAACACUAUCAAGCAGCAUCUGAUGAUAGCAACAGUGACGACACAAGCCUUUGGAAUAAUAUUUCAUUUGAUAACGAGCAUUUGGAUGUUAUUGAGGCAGAAUUUGAAGAUUCAGUAGCAAAUAUAGACAUGCAUUCCCAAUACGACAGUGAUGCGUUCUCCUUUUGAAUUAAUGAAGGCUAUGAUGCCAAGAUUUGUGCAUGAUAAAGCGUUUGGGAGAGACCCAAGUUAAAUAGACCGGCAUCAUUAAUAAGAGUGUGCAAUAUUUAUGUAAAAACACAUGUCGGUUGAUGCAAAUGUACAACGUUUUUUAGAACCAGAUUCUGUGUGCAAGUUUGAAAUAUGUUUAGAUAAAAUGAAUUAGGCGUUACAUAAAAUCAAAUCGGAAAGCAUGCUAUGAUGUAGGCUAAUAAUUAAUGCCGUUUUAAAAUCAAUAUAUUUAGCAAAAGAAAAUACCGGUAUUGCAUUACGUUACGUCAUCUGUAAGAAAUUAUUGUAUAAUCAUUUAUUUAUAUUGAAUUCUGAUCUAAUUAAAUUAGAAUGCUAAAUAAUUGCGAUGAUUCAUAACAUAGGCUACACUUUGUUUGAAUAUAAUUAAAGCACUUAUAUACUUAAAUCACGCCCUCCAUCGUCCAAUUGGUUCAGCACGAAGUUGAACAUAAUAAUGGGCGUAUUCGACUGGUUCGUUUCGUUGACUACGCUUUUUCGUUGAGUAUUAUUUUCAUUCGACUGGUUCGUAAAAUAGACUUCGUUAACGACGAAAAUUAACGUAAACCAGAGUGCGUUAAUCAGCGUUAAGUUAUCCACGUGGCCAAAGAGAAACAUGGCCGAUUGGUACGCAAUUUCAAUAUCAUGGAUUAUGGAUAAUGCUUUGAACGUGGAACAAUAGAGCCAAUAUUGCAACAGGUGAGACUCGCUCUCAGAUUGGUGGAUGUAGAAUUAUAUAUUGGAUCCAUGCCGUCAUGGGGUGCUAUUGUGAGAGCUGUGCAGAUUGCUGUAAAAUCACUUGUCGGGUCAUAACUACAAUCAUAUGCGUUCCUAUUUUGUUAGUUAUUGGUUUAUUGGCAAUAGUCCUUGCUAUUGUCACGUGGCCUCUGAAAUGCUGCUGCCCCUGUCUAGCCCCCUGCAUUCAAGGUCUAUUGGAUUUAAUUUUUUACAUUCUAAAAGCACCGUUCAGGCUAAUAAUGUGGUCAGUCGGGAAGGCAACUGACGAAGAUGAUGCUUCCCCCUUACAGGACUCAGAACGUGGCGGAAAUGACUACGGAAGUUCACCAGCAGUCCCUCCCAGUUGAAAUUAACGUAAAUUUAACUUCUAUGUGACGAACAUUGCGUAGGUAACAUCACAUUUACAGACGCCUACAUAUACCGUAUACUGUACUAACAUAGAUAUAGAUGCAUGAAAUAGUCAACUUGCAAAUAGAUUGGCGUAAAUAUUGCCUAAUAUUUGCAUGCUCGAGUUUUGAAAACAGUGUGACGCAACUUAUGAACUUAUUUAUUGGGAACCAGGGGUGGCGCCCCGUCGGGGAGAGUUUCUCCACCCCCUCCCCCACGUCGGGGAGAAAAACAACAAUUCCUCGGGGAAAAAAAGUAUAUGAAAUUUCUACUUCAAAAUCGAUUAAAUAUUUUUCAGGGUCUUCGCCCCCUCAGGAAUACUUUCGAGAGAUUUUGAGCGAUGGCCGACCACGCUCCUUUUUUCGUCCUGGACAUCGCCAUAAAGGUGAUCAGGGUAACUGAACCUGCAUUAUGGUACGUCAUUAGUAACUUACCUGUACAAUUAUCAUACCAAUGUUAUGCUACAUUAUGUACGAUGUACGAUAAUAGGCCUAAUUAAUGACAGCGUGCACAGAUAUUACCUUUAAUCAUUAAAAAGCACGAAAGCUUCAUAGGUGCAAUGGCACGAAAGCUUCAUAUGUGCAACAUGAAACUAAUUUAUCUGGAUCCAAAUCAAUAUUCAUAAUAUAUUUCGUUUUCGUUGAUCACAAUAAAGAGUCGUAAUUUUUACUCACA